AUGGCUUCAUCUUUGGAGGAGCUUCUUGCAGAGGAAGGGUUCAAAGGAAGAAGAGUGACAAGGUCUAGAUCCUCCUUCCACUAUGGCGCUUCAAGUGACCCUCUUUACUCUUUGGAAGGAAGAUAUUGUGUAUCGGGCGAAAGAAUUAAAACACAGAGAACAAAAUCUGAUGCCUCACGAUAUCAGAUUACAAGUGGAGAGUUAAAAGGUGACAAUCUUACUGCUAAGAAGCAGAGGUCAAGGGACAAUCUUUUCCUGAGAGACAAAAUGGAUGAACGGUUGAAGAAUGAAACCGAAAAGAAAUCUUCUUGUGAUACAAAUUCAGGCAAAGGAUUUGAGGUGGUUGAGAUUAAUGAGGUGAUUGAGCAAGAAGCUAGAAGAGUUAAAGAAGCUCAUUCAGAAGAAGAGUCUAAUGCAAAAAGAGGAAAAGAAAAGAAGUCCAGUGUACAUAUGCUUAGACACUCAAGUGAAACCAGAAAAAAUGUAAAACCACAGGAGGACUCGUACACUAGAUCUAAUAGCAAAGGCUUUGAAGAUUGCAUCAGGAAUAAAAAUAGUGAUCAUGCUAUGCAAGCAGCCUCUAGUCUUGCUCUUGAUGACGUUGCUGUCCAAGCAGUUGUUUCCAUUCUAAAUGGAUACAUAAAGCAUUUUCUAAAAGAUGAGGAUUUUCGGUCUACAUUGCGUCACAAAUGUUUCUCCUCCUUGAAUUUUAUUGAACUGGAAGAAGAGAACAUUAGUGAGACCAAAGUCAUAGCAAGUCUUGAGCAAGCAAUUGAGACCAUUGAGCAAACUGCUGAGGAACCUAUAUCCGCUGCGUAUUUGAAAAGAACCACAAUGAAGCUUAGCAUUAUUACAGGUUUGAGUUUAAAUGAUUUGAAGUAUGAGUGCACAUGUGGGAUCCCAAAUUAUAAGUUGUCAGCGUGUGCUCAUCUUUAUCUCAGUGUGAUAUACAUGAUGCAGAGAAAAAAUAGGGUCUCAGCAAAGCAUCUCUUGCAAGUGUUUUGUGAUUCACCUUUUCAGGCACGGACUAUAUUGAUGGCUGAACUGUGGGAGCAUCUAUUUUCUCCACAAUUUUCUCAUUUGAAGGCAUGGUACGACAGGGAAGCAGAGGUUCUAGUAGAUGCACCAACCAAAACAAGAAAGCUAAAACUUCUUCAAAAAGUGUAUAAUGAACAUUUGGAUUCUGGAACUCAUAUAUUUGCUUUAUACUACAAAGAUUGGCUCACUGAAGGAGUAGAAUCUCCACCUAUUCCUUCAAUUGGAAUUCCAUCAGUUUCUGUCAAAGGAAGUCAUGAUGGAAGUUCACUUGAUCAUUCUCCUGAGUCUGCUAGCUCCAUUGACCCAUUCUCACCACAGUCAAUGAUCAGCAAGAAACUGUAUAAUUCUGUGUUUGGCAGCUCGAGAAAAUCUGGAGUUCAUCAUGUCAAAGAUAUUAAGGAUGAUGACAACCUAGAAAACUGUGUGAGAGGUUCUUAUGGUUCUACUAUUGUUAAACAGACAUUAACUUAUGAGUCUGAAACUGUUAAAUUUACAGAUCAAGAUAUUGAAGGUUUCGCACAACGUGUAGCCAUUGAUACAUUCAAGCCUCAGAAAGGAACUUCAAUAACAGCUAAAGAAGAAUGGCAAAAGAGGAAUCUCAACAAUGACAUUCAUAACUCUUUCUCUAUGCAAAGUAAUUUAAACAGCCACAUCAUUGACGAUCUUCCACAUGAAAAAGCAAUUGAAGUUUCUUUCAGAAAGCCAAAUAAGAUAAUUUCUGCUUUUGAAGGACUAUAUUUUGCAAACAUUCCGGAUGAAUUUAUUUGUCCUCUUACUGGAAAACUCUUUGAGGAACCAGUCACCAUAGAGACUGGUCAAACCUUUGAAAGAGAAGCCAUUAAAUCAUGGUUUGAAAAGGGAAACAGAACAUGCCCAGUAACAGGAAAUACUUUGGAAUGUGUGGCCAUGCCAUUUACCAACCUUAUUUUGAAGCGUUUGAUUGAUAAUUGGAAGUCAGAACAAUUUGAUUACCUUCUGUAUCUUGCUUCUCAAACAGUGGAUAAUUCAAAGGAGCUUGAGUUUAGAGCGAGGGAUGAGGCUGCCAGUUUCAAGUUAGAGAGUCUUGUCUCUUCUUUGAAAGAAGAGGAGAAAUCAACUUAUGCUAAGCAUCUCAUCUCUUUAGGAGUUCUUCCAUUUCUUUUUAGGAGGUUUGAACACGGAAAUGUGGAAGAAAAAUCACACGUGGUGUCACUCUUGCUAAAUUGUAUUCAAGCAGACUCUGGUUGCAUGUAUCAGAUAGCAAGAAGUGUUGACAGAAAAUGUCUUCUUGAGCUUCUUCAUAGCAAGGAGGUUACCCCCGCAACAAAUGCAAUACUAUUCCUUACUGAACUUUUAUCAAUGAAGAGGAGAAAGGAUGUUACUUCAUUCAUAAGUGACUUGGUGGGUGAAACAAUGUUUAACACAAUGCAUAUUCUACUCAUGUAUCUUGAGAAUUCUUCUCCAUUAGACAAGCCCCUAAUUGCUGUCCUGUUGUUACACUUCGAUCUGCUGGUUGAGCCUCAAAAGUUUAGUGUAUACAGAGAGGUGGCAGUGAAUGCAAUUGCAGUGGCACUUGAUGCCAGCUUAAAUGAUGAAAAGGUCAGGGAAAAGUGUUGCAGAGCACUUUUAAUCUUGAGUGGACAUUUUUCUUCCACUGGAAAGAUACCAACCAAGGUUAGCAUCUUAAAACAAGCAGGGUAUAAUAAUGAGAGCUUAGAAGUGAAACCUCCAGGCCAUGAAGAGGAGGUUCAACAAUCAGGUGUAACCAUUUCACAUGAAGAUGAAGAAAAAAGGGGUGAAGAGUUGCUAAUGAACUUGUUAGAGUCAUUGAUUGGUGAUGGAGAAAGCCCAUUUUUGAAAACCAUGUCCAGAUGUUUAGAUUCUAAGCACCUAGAGUUGGUGACGGCGUGUCUAAUGACUGUCACAUGGUUGAGCUCUUCAUUAUCUAUGCUAUUUAGUGCUGGAUUGCAUCUUCCCGCCUUCUUAGCCAUCAUCUCUCAGUUGAAAGGAAUCCUGAAAAAUGGAGAACUUGAACUCAAGACUCUUGCUUCUAUUUCUUUGCUUAAUUUCAGUAAAAUAGCAGAAUGCAGAACGCUUUUGAAGACUAUGGCAGAGGAUAUUUCUCCCCUUCUUCAUGGACUUGUUGAUGUAACAUGGACAGCAAAGCAGCUACAUGAAAUUGUGUCUAGGGAGAAUCUGUAG